AUGCCUGUCAUCUAUCUAUCUAUCUUUCUCCCAUCUGAUGCCUGUGUGUAUCUAGGUAUCUUUCUUACAUCUGAUGCCUGUGUGUAUCUAGGCAUCUUUCUUACAUCUGAUGCCUGUGUGUAUCUAGGUAUCUUUCUUACAUCUGAUGCCCGUGUGUAUCUAGGUAUCUUUCUUACAUCUGAUGCCUGUGUGUAUCUAGGUAUCUUUCUUCCAUCUGAUGCCUGUGUGUAUCUAGGUAUCUUUCUUCCAUCUGAUGCCUGUGUGUAUCUAGGUAUCUUUCUUCCAUCUGAUGCCUGUGUGUAUCUAGGUAUCUUUCUUCCAUCUGAUGCCUGUGUGUAUCUAGGUAUCUUUCUUCCAUCUGAUGCCUGUGUAUCUAGGUAUCUUUCUUUACAUCUGAUGCCUGUAUCUUUCUUCCAUCUGAUGCCUGUGUAUCUAGGCAUCUUUCUUCCAUCUGAUGCCUGUGUGUAUCUAGGCAUCUUUCUUCCAUCUGAUGCCUGUGUGUAUCUAGGUAUCUUUCUUCCAUCUGAUGCCUGUGUGUAUCUAGGUAUCUUUCUUCCAUCUGAUGCCUGUGUGUAUCUAGGCAUCUUUCUUACAUCUGAUGCCUGUGUGUAUCUAGGUAUCUUUCUUCCAUCUGAUGCCUGUGUGUAUCUAGGUAUCUUUCUUCCAUCUGAUGCCUGUGUGUAUCUAGGUAUCUUUCUUCCAUCUGAUGCCUGUGUGUAUCUAGGUAUCUUUCUUCCAUCUGAUGCCUGUGUGUAUCUAGGCAUCUUUCUUCCAUCUGAUGCCUGUGUGUAUCUAGGUAUCUUUCUUCCAUCUGAUGCCUGUGUAUCUAGGUAUCUUUCUUCCAUCUGA